AUGUUACUGAAUUUUCCUACUAAUGGCAGAAGUCAUACCUUCUCAGGGCCAGUUUGGGUAGUUCUUUUAAGCUAUUUUAUCCUCUCUUGGAGUAAUUUGGUUAUUUGUGACCCUCCAGAAGAACCCAUCAAAUGCUCUUCUGGAAACUCUGACUGCACCAUCACCAAUGGCUAUGGCUCAUUUCCAGAUCGGAGCAUUUGCCGGGCAGCUAACGCCGUGUACCCGGAGAAUGAGGAUGAGCUUAUUUCAUACGUCAAAGAUGCAACUAUGAACAAGAGGAAAAUCAAGGUAGCAACAAGACAUGGUCACAGCUUCCCAAAAUUAGUAUGUCCUGAUGGAAAUGACGGAUUGUUAAUAAGCACAAAGAAUCUCAAUAAGAUCAUCAAUAUCAACAUGGCAGAAGAAACAAUGACGGUGGGAAGUGGGAUGACGCUUCAACAACUAAUUGAUGAGGCUACGAAAGUGAACCUAGCACUGACCAAUUCUCCUUAUUGGGUAGGGGUAACAGUUGGUGGAAUGCUAGGCACAGGUGCUCAUGGAAGCUCACUUUGGGGUCGUGGGAGCGCGGUUCACGACUUUGUUGUUGGCCUUAAGAUUGUUAGUCCAGGCAAUCCAGAAGAUGAUUAUGUUAAAGUUCGUACGCUUACUGUGGGAGAUGAAGACCUUGAUGCAGCCAAGGUCUCGCUUGGUGUUCUUGGAGUCAUUUCACAGGUAACAUUUAAACUAGAACCACUCUUCAAGCGACGCAUAAGUUAUAUCACGAGGAAAGAUGAUGACCUAGAGGUUCAAGCUCUGACCUUUGGUCUCCAACAUGAGUUUGCAGAUAUAACGUGGUUACCAAGCCGAUUCGAAGCAUUAUAUCGAGUGGAUGAUCGAGUACCCACUACAGAAAAUGGUGAUGGCGUCUAUGAUUAUGCCCUUUUUCGUGCUGCACCAAAAGAUUCUUUCGAAUCUGUUAGGAAAAUAGAUGAUUUUGAAGAAUCAAAUGGUUGUGAUACAUUAAAAUGCAUCAGCACAAAGAUAAUCACGACGGGUUACGAGCUAAUGGGAUUCGGACUAAUGAAUGAUGGUCUCCAAUUCACUGGCUAUCCGGUUAUUGGAUAUCAAAACAAAAUGCAAUGUUCAGGAUCUUGCCUUUAUAAUGCUAUAGGUUAUUGUGGAUGGGAUCCAAGAAUAAAAGGUUUAUUCAUUAAUAACAAUGCUUUGAGUUUGCCUAUGAAUAAGGUGAAGGAUUUCAUUCAAGACAUCAAAAAACUGAUUAGUAUAGAGCCUACAUCUUUAUGUGGUGUAGAUCCAUAUUUUGGUAUUCUACUGAGGUAUGUCAAAGCCUCGUCUGCUUAUCUUGGAAAAGACGAGGAUGGCAUACAAUUUGAUAUAAUCCAUUACAGAGCAAGAGAAGCCUCGGAUCAUCGGCUUUAUUCCGACAUAUUCGAUGAGAUCGAGCAGAUGAUGGUCUUCAAGUAUGGCGGGAUGCCCCAUUGGGGAAAAAAUCGCGAUAUAGUAUUUGAAGGUGUGAUUAACAAGUAUAAGGAUGGAGGAAAAUUUUUAAGGGUUAGGGAACGUUACGAUCCUUUGGAAUUGUUUUCAUCUGAGUGGACUAAGUACAUCUUAGGAUUGAAAGAAGGAUUAAGCACUACUAUCGACAAGCACGUAGGAUGUGCCCGUGAAGGCUUGUGCAUAUGUUCCAAUAAUAACGAUUGCGGCCUUGGGUAUACAUGUGAGAAUGGUCGAGUCUAUAUAGAAGCUAAAGUUUGCAGGAGAAACAAAAACAAUCUCAUUUCAAACAAUUGUGCGUCUGGUACAGGUACAGUCGAUCAGGCUGCUGGAUUAGUAGCCAAUAGUAAUGGACAGGAGAAUUCGGGGAAAAAAUCCAGGAAACCGUCUUCUAGGGGUCCUAAACCUAAUGAUAUCUGUAAUUACUGUAAGGAAAACGGGCAUUGGAAAAAGGAAUGUCCUAAAAAGAAGAAUCAGGAGGAUGAAUCUGGGUCUGGUUCUACUGCUGUUGCAGCAGAAAAUUUCAGUUAUGAUGAUGAUAUCGCUUUAGUUGCUAAUGAACAAACACAUUGCAGUGAUGUGUGGGUUUUAGAUUCUGGAGCGUUUUGUCAUAUGUGUUCGCGCAGGGAAUGGUUUAUGAACUAUAAACAGGUUGAUGGAAGUGUUACUAUGGCCAACAGUGAGAUCUACAAGAAAGGGUUCAAUUUCAAAGGAGAGGGUGGAGGGUUGUAUGUCUAUAGGGGUUCGAAGAUGAUUCUGAAAGGGGUUAAACGGGAGACAUUGUAUGCGUUGCAAGGGUCUACGUUAUCUGAGUCUGGGGUUGCUACAUUGGUUAUUUGUGAUAGUGUUGAGAAACACGUGGAGCACAGAGGCACUCUAGGUUGGAGUGGUGGUUCACGUUAG